AUGGCGCAACCACCGACGAUGCAGUCAACCCCGCGCGAUGUGGCUUAUAUCGACACCACACAAGCCUAUGACCAAUGGGCCAAUGUUUACGACACGGAUGGCAACUUCCUCCAAGCUCUCGACACUAUCGAAAUGCGUUCUCUACUUCCUGAUUUCUGGACCCAAGUGAAAAAGGAGUACUUGCGAAGACAACAGCCAAGUCGUCGGCCAUCUACCAUUACAUCAGAAUCAUCCACAAUAGUAUCUGAAGAUGGACUGGGGGCAGUAGAUGCUCAGAUUAUUGGGCUUGAUGCCUCGAAUGGUAUGCUUGAUGUGGCUCGGCAGAAAGUCCAGGAUUUCCAGCGAAACACCGCAAUCGCUGUAGACGUGAAGCUCGCCCCCUUCGACCUUCUCGAUCAAUCAUCUCUGGAUGCCGGAACCCUGGACCUUGUGAACAACACAGAUGGAAUGAUAUCUACUCUCGUUGCCGAGCAUAUUCCACUAGAUAUCUAUUUUGCAUCUGCCGCAGCCAUUCUUCGGCCAGGUGCAUGUUUCUUGAUUACAAACAUGCACGCUGAAAUGGGCCAAAUUAGUCAAGCCGGGUUUGUUGACUCCGCCACAGGCAGCAAAGUUCGCCCCUCGAGGAGUUAUGCUCAUUCUGUGACUCAUUUGUUGGCCGAGGCUGCGAAAGCCGGUUUUGAAGUUGUGUCGUUACCGUCUACUACUAACACAGGCAGCAAGGGCGAUGUCGAGGGUGUAAUUGAGAGAACAGUGACGCAAGACAUGGUCGAGAAGCUUGGGAAAAGGUCACUGAAGUAUGUUGGUGUUACUGUUUGGUUGGGAGUUUGUCUGAGAAAGAUCUGA